AUCUCUGACAACAAAAUCAUCAGCGAGUGUUUACAUUUUACGUGUUUUCCCAGAGAUAUUCUACAUUUUCCCAAAUUUUUCUCCUUUCCACCUGUGUGGGAGACUCGGUGGUGGUUAAAUCUGAUACUUUGUGAUAAGGCAGAGGUGUUCCAGGGAAAAUUUGGCGGAAUCAAGGGACUGCAGACGUGAAGCCAGGGCCCUGUGGGUGGUACGUGAUGCCGCACGAGCCGAAGCGUGAACGCAAAGGGGCUCAGGGAGUCUCUCUCCUGCAGGCUCCCCUUUCGCCGUGCCCCAUUCCGGACAUCAGUGACGACGAGCUCGUGUCCAUUUCCGUGCGUGAUCUCAAUCGCACGCUCAAACUCCGCGGGCUGACACGCGAAGAGAUCGUCCGGAUGAAGCAGAGACGGCGAACGCUGAAGAAUCGCGGAUACGCAGCGAGUUGUCGCAUCAAGCGCAUUGAGCAGAAGGAUGAACUUGAGACGGAAAAAUCCCAAGAAUGGAAUGACUUGGAGGUGAUGAAGGACAAUAAUCGCAAAAUUCGCGAAGACAUUGAGACGUGGAAGAGUAAAUUUGAGGCUCUCCGGAAGUUUGCGAUAGCUCAAAAAAUUCCUCUCCCACCCGAAUUGGAUAGUAUCUGAUGCGCUGGGCAGCAUCAGCAGGCUACAGUAGUGGUCUCAGCAUAAGAAUGUUCCAUAUUUCGUCAAAUAGGACUUUUUUAAGCAAUAACCCAGCAAAAAUGGAUUCUACAGUGGAUUUUUUCCGAGGACAAUUUCUUCAGUGAUUUUAUGUUUUGUAAAAAGAAUUUUUUUCUUCAUAAAAUAAACCAUUUUAUUUUGCACAAUAAAACUAUAUUUGUGUAAAAUUGUACAA